CCGAUAGGUAGAACAGCCAUUUUUGAGAAAAUAUUACAUAAUUAUGUUACAUACAUUAACAUGAAGAAACUAAAUAUAUUGGAGACAGAAACGUGUCAAGGGAUACAUAGAUGCUGAUAAUGGUUAAGCAGCAGAAAUUUAUACAAAGUCGCACAGGCGAAAACAAAGAUGAUUAAGAUGAAACAUUCAAUUUCCUUACAAUGUGUGAUAUUAAAGUCUGUAUCCAUGGCAACCAUAACAUCUGUAGAUGAUACCGAUAAGCAUGCCAAUCCAAGCAUGGGAUACGUGCACUUUCAAUAAUCUGCCUUCAUACUCUAUGGAAAUGAUAUUACUAUCACAGUAAACGUAAUUGUUUAACUACUGACGAGGCUACAUCGUGACAUACACUACCAAGAAACUCCAUCAUGGGUUCGACUGGCGUAGAUACGGUGGAAAAACUAAGAGAGCUUAUAGACAAACACGCGUUUGAUCUAACUCAACAGUUGGAUGUUAACACACGAUUCCUUACAUAUUUGACGAAGAGUCACCUGCUCUCUCCAUCAGAAUUGCUGCAAUUUCAGAGAUACGAAUCCCAGACAGACCGAGUGAGGACCAUUUUGAAGAUACUACCAGACAGGGACAAACCCAAUGCUAGCUUUGCGUUCAUUGAAUCGCUGAGACAAUCAGGCCAGGAAGACCUCGCCGUGUUGCUUAUGGGAGGGAAGUCAGAAGUUGAUGUGAUAUCUCAUUAUCAGAGUUCCUUGCAGCUCCAAUUCCAUGAAAUCAAGAGCCAUUUAAAAUCGGAGGUCUCUGAGUUAAAGCAUGGCAUUGCAGAUCCUGAAAAUGGCAAUGCAUCGUCAACAAGAGUUCUGCUGCAAUUUCAAAACAUUACGGAAUCCACCAUUAAACAAUUAGAAAAUUGUGAACAAAUCUUGGAUCGACUCCACGAGGAUUGUUUGAAGAUUGCAAAAGCGAACAUAGACAUGCUUCGAAAAAUAGAGACUGUGGACUCUACCAUACGUUCGGUACUAGACGUAGGUAGGAGAUCGUAUUUCCCCAAAAAGAAAGCCUUUCCUGGUCGAGCAGAAUCAACGCAACCAAAUAACACAACGGAUCAUUCUGUUAAUAUAUCUCUAGGUAUUCAUAGCAAAUACAACUAUAGUGGUAGAAAACUGCAAGAGACCUCUGUUGUCACACGGCGGCCCGUUGCAAAAAUCUCAACUGGUGGGGAAUACAUCAAAACAUCGGAUUUCCGCACUUGUGUACAAAUAUCGGAGAAACUUUUGAAAGAAAUUAAAGAGGGUUUAAAAUCAGAGACAAAUCCACAAUAUGGAACUAAGUUAUUGGUGGCGGGAAAAGAAACUAGCUUUAAGUACCAAUCUAGAGUACGGCCAGUAAGAAGGAAUCAAACAUUUGGAGCGAAAACCAGUAUCCCUAGCAAAGUUGGGCUCAAGAAUAUUUUGUUGGAACGUCUUAUGGAGAUUGAUUCCAAUUUCCACUCGUAUGCAAAUCGAUUGAAACGUUCUAGUAAGGGACGGGGAUUAAAUGCUAACAAACCUUUAGUGACAGGUAAUCGAUCACGGCCGUUAAAUGAAUCAGAAACAGUUGUACCCAAGAAGAAAACCAGCAAGGGUGUCCAAACAGAUAAUAGUAUGCACUCUGCACAAGAAGAGCGCAAAAUUGCUGAGCGAGCGUCUCAAAUAGCCAAAUCACUCGACCAAAGAAACAAUGAUGAUCUUGUGAAAAUAUUAGAUCAAAUGCAUAGAACAAUAACUGAACGCAUUGUGUCACUUACAAGCAAUCUUAAGCUGUCAAGACGCUCGAGACCAUUAUCAGCAGGUCAGGAAAGCCAUGGAGAUACAAGUACUCACCGGUCGUCUGCCAUUAAUAACCAUCAGUCUACCAAAAUGAAAUAUGAUUAUCGAGCAGCUGGUAACCAAAGAACGGUUGUUCUACUAAGAGACUUUAGUAGAGAACUUAAAGCAUACACAGAACUAGAACUUCAGCUAUCGGAAGCGAUUUUGAAUGAAAAGAGGAAGACAUCUCAAAAAGAAGAGAUUAUAAAAAUUAGAGAUAACGAACUAAAAUCAUUUAAACAGAUAGUGACAGCAAUUGAAAGUGAAAGAGAUACGUUCAAACGGCUUUAUGAACGGGCGAAUAAAUCAAUUCCACUAAAACCUAUACGUGUUGAUCCCAGACGCCAUGGUGCAAAGGUACCGGAACAAACUCCAACUAAUGUUAGCGAGGAGCAUGAAAAGCCAGAGGCAGAACAAAAGCACCCUGUUGUUACGGUUGAUGUUUGAAAUCAUAUUGACUCAUAUGUCUUCAGUACACAGAUAUUUUUCCUUGGGACACUGAAUGUGUAAACUGCUAUGUUUGGAUUCUAAUAAAGUCAACUGAUAACGGUCAAUGUAACAACAUACCUGUAACAAACUAGGGGACUGUAUUAAAUACCUAGGGACUGGGUAUCCUGAGAAAUAUAUAAAAUAUCAUAAUGUAUAACGACAAUAUGGCUAUUUAUUGAUUAUAUGCCAAUAUUAGUGUUAUAACCAGCAUUCGUAUUUUCUAUAUCAGUCAAAUAUUUUUAUGUUUUAUUUUUAUAUUUAAUUAUAUGCUUUUGCUAUUUAAUCUCCAUCGGAUAUCUUAUUUUGAUUUUAAAGUAAUUGAAAUAUGUUUAUUUGUGAGGGCAGUUCUUUUGUAAAUAACUGAGAU